AUGGUUAUGAGUCUGACCCUCCGCCUUAGGGCCUGUUACCCGGAAGCGUGUCAGAAGCUGUUGUGGGAGUCCUCUGCUUUGCCUGGUCUUGGCUUGAGCCUGCGCUGCUUCUGGUCCUGCGUCUGCCGGAGGCGGCAGGUCCCUCUGUUCCUCCCCAACCGGUAUAAUCUCCGCCUUGGGGCCUGUUACCUGGAGACUAUACCGAAACAGAUGGACUCACCUGUUAUUCUGGCUUCUCAGUUUGUGAUGACUAUCACUUUGGAAGUAUUUUACACCAAUAAACAGCAGAACCGGCUCUUGGGCUUGGAUCAGGUGGCAGCCAGGUUCUAUCACUCAGCCUUGGCCAAAAUCAAGUCUCGGGACCUUCUCGGCAAGAAGGAGAAGCUGUUAAAAGAACUGGACGAUCUGAAAGUGGAGCUUUCCCAGCUGCGCAUCACCAAAGUGACAGGCGAUGCGGCUUCUAAGCUCUCCAAAAUCCGAGUUGUCCGAAAAUCCAUUACCCGUGUUCUCACUGUCAUUAACCAGACUCAGAAGGAGAACCUCAGAAAAUACUAUAAGGGCAAGAAGUACAAACCCCUGGAUCUGCGGCCCAAGAAAACGCGUGCCAUGCGCCGAAGGCUCAACAAGCAUGAGGAGAACCUGAAGUCCAAGAAGCAGCGGCAAAAAGAGCGCCUGUACCCACUGCGGAAAUAUGCAGUCAAGGCCUGA